GUCGAGCACCGGGAAACGCUCCGGCACCGACACCGGGAGCGGGCACCAGGCUGGGCACCGGUACCGGCUCCUUUACCGGCACCGGGAGCAUCUCAGGAUCCCCGGUUCCCGCCGGUACCGUGGAUGAUGGAACCGGUGCCGGGCUCCAGAAAAAGCCUCUCGCUCUCGUUACCGGUGCCCCGGGAGGGCCCCAGCACCCUGAAGCCCCCCCAGCACCUCUGGCGCCAGCCCCGCACCCCCAUCCGCAUCCGUCACCGCGGCUUCUCCGACACCGACCGGCACCGGUCCCGGCCCAUGGAACGGGCGGACGCCGUCGACACCGGGGACCGACCGGGGCUGCGGAAAUCCCGCAUGUCCUGGCCAUCUUCCCUCCACGGGACCCCCGGCACCGGCAAGCGGGGGAUGAGUCACCUGCGGCCAUUAAAAGUGAUUCACGUUUGUCUCCGGCUCCCGGAUCAGAUCCCGGUCGGGAGGAAAUCCCGCGCCGGCAGGCGAGCCGUGCGUGCCGGCUGCCAGGAAUAG